AGGGACGUCACGUCCGCACUUGAACUUGCAGCUCAGGGGGGCUUUUGCCAUUUUUUCAUCUCUCUCUCACUCUCUCUCUCUCUCUAUCUAUAUCUCUCUCUCUCUUUUCAAAAAAGCCAUGACGGCUAUCCCACAAUCCAUCUUCCCUGCGCCAUCUUUGUAUUAUUUCUAAUUUAUUUUGGAUGUCAAAGGCAUUGAUGAAGAUAUUUUCUCUGGAGUCUCCCUUCUAACCCGGCUCUCCCGAUGUGAACCGAGCUGAAAGCCACCACCAACCACCAUGUCUCGCCGCAAGCAAGGCAAACCCCAGCACUUAAGCAAACGGGAUUUUUCGCCCGAGCCCCUGUCAGCCGUGGUCUCAGAGGAGAGCCAGGAACAGCGUGGGGUGGUACAGGUAUCUCCAGAGGGAGACCAGGACCUGCUCACCUGUGGCCAAUGUCAGAUGAACUUCCCUUUGGGAGACAUCCUUAUUUUCAUUGAGCACAAAAGGAAGCAGUGCAAUGGCACUUUGUGCAUGGACAAAGCAGUGGAUAAGCCCCCAUCACCGUCGCGCAGUGAGCUAAGGAGAGCCUCCAACCCUGUGGAGGUGGGUGUCCAGGUCACACCGGAGGAUGAUGACUGCUUAUCGACAUCUUCUCGAGGAAUCUGUCCCAAACAGGAAAACAUUACAGGUAAAGAUGAGCCCAGCAGCUACACUUGCACAACCUGUAAGCAGCUGUUCAGCAGUGCCUGGUUCCUGCUGCAACAUGCCCAGAACACUCAUGGCUUCCGCAUCUACCUUGAAAGUGAGCGUGGAAGCCCUCUCACGCCCCGUGUGGGCGCUCCUUCUGGAAUGGGCGCAGAUUGCUCCUCUCAGCCCCCCAUGCACAGCAUCCAUCUCCCGGAGGGAAACCCCUUCAAUCUGCUGCGAAUACCCAACUCCGGACGUGAUGGACCCCCUCUCCGGGAGGGUCGGUUUCCCCCAACACCACCUCUCUUUAGCCCUCCACCUCGCCAACACUUAGACCCCCAUCGCAUGGAGCACCUAAGCCCAGAGGAGCUGGCCUUGGCCACCCACCACCCGAGUGCCUUCGACAGGGUGCUGCGCCUCAAUCCCCUACCCCUGGAUCCCCCAGCUAUGGACUUCUCUCGUAGGCUGAGGGAGCUGGCUGGCAACACCUCAGGGUCAACUCCUCCCCUCUCACCCAACCGGCCCAGCCCUAUGCAACGGCUACUACAACCAUUCCAGUCGGGAACCAAGCCUCCCUUUCUGUCUACCCCUCCCCUACCUUCCAUGCAGUCCCCUUCUGGCUCCCAGUCCACCCCGACCCCUCUUACUCAGCAGCCCAACACGCCCAUGAAGUCCAAGUCUUGUGAGUUCUGUGGGAAGACCUUCAAGUUCCAGAGUAACCUAAUUGUGCAUCGGCGCAGUCACACGGGUGAGAAACCCUACAAGUGCCACCUGUGCGACCACGCCUGUACCCAGGCCAGCAAGCUAAAGCGCCACAUGAAGACACACAUGAACAAGUCAUCGCCUAUGACCGUCAAAUCCGAUGAUGGUCUGUCUACAGCCAGCUCCCCCGAACCAGGAACCAGCGACCUAGUGGGUAGUGCCAGUAAUGCCCUCAAGUCUGUGGUAGCCAAAUUCAAAACGGAAAAUGACCGUCUGAUCCCAGCGAAUGGAGAAGAAGAAGAGGAAGAGGAAGAGGAGGAGGAGGAGGAAGAGGAAGAGGAAGAGGAGGAAGAAGAGGAGGAGGAGCUGGAGAGGGAAGGAGGUCGAAACAACUACCACUUUAGCCUCAAUCUUGAGGCUGCACGGCACCAUGAGAACAACAGUGGGCGUCUGGGUGCUGGUGAGGAUGGUAUCCCACGCUCACUACCUGAGGUUAUGCAGGGCAUGGGCCUGGCUGCUAGCAUGCAGCACUACAGCGAGGCUUUCCGGCAACACAAGCGAGGAGCCCUAAACUCUGACAAUGAUGUACACCGGGACAUGUGUGAUGAUGAUUCAGCCCUGGAAUCAGACAGAGUGGAUGAGGGCUGUGGCUCAGCUAUCAAUGGUCGAGGCUUGUCCCCCAGCGAGUCUGCUUCAGUGGGUUUGUCCAAGAAGCUACUGCUGGGCAGCCCCAGCUCACUUAGUCCUUUCUCCAAACGAAUCAAGCUGGAGAAGGAGUUUGACCUCUCCACCCCUACAAUCCCCAACACCGAGAACGUCUAUUCCCAGUGGUUGGCUGGCUACGCUGCCUCUCGGCAGCUCAAGGACCCCUUUCUGAAUUUCGGGGAUUCCAGACAAUCGCCUUUCGCCUCAUCUUCAGAGCACUCCUCAGAGAAUGGAAGCCUGCGCUUCUCGACGCCACCGGGGGACCUGGAUGGUUGUGUCUCAGGCCGCAGUGGGACAGGCAGUGGUGGUAGUACGCCACAUAUUGGGGGCCGACCCAGCUCAAAAGAUAGCCGACGCAGUGACACCUGUGAGUUCUGUGGUAAAAUUUUCAAAAACUGCAGCAACCUGACAGUGCACCGGCGCAGCCACACGGGUGAAAGGCCUUAUAAGUGUGAGCUCUGCAAUUAUGCCUGCGCCCAGAGCAGCAAGCUAACACGGCACAUGAAAACGCACGGGCAAGUGGGCAAGGACGUUUACAAAUGUGAAAUCUGUCAGAUGCCUUUUAGUGUGUACAGCACCCUUGAGAAACAUAUGAAAAAAUGGCACAGUGACCGUGUAUUGAACAACGAAAUUAAAACUGAGUAGAGGUGGCGUGUGGAGGCUCACUUGCCUGUUAACAGCGAAUAACACCUAACCCCACCCUCAUCCUUGUAGAUUUCCCUGUUUAGCUAAUCCAGUGGCGGCUAAGACAACGUGCUUGGCAACACCAGUACACCCUUUUCAUUUACCGUUGAAUGCAUGAUCUGUAUCGGGGCAAUACUAUUGCAUUGAUGCAAACUUGGAGCCUUUCUCUUGUGCAAUAAUUUACAUGUGUACUUUUUCUUUUUUCUUUCCCAUUUCUGAAAAUUUGGCAGCAUGCAUGAUAUGUUUUGACAAAUUUAAAAAAAUAAAUUGUCCCUGGUUGGUUAG